AUGAGCUCCUGGAUGAACGACGCUGCCGUCCAAAACCACAAUGGCGCAGGCUUCAAUCAUAUGAACGAAUCGAAUACCGGAGGAAACAUGAUGGACCCAUCGGGUUUUAUGCCCACUUCAUCAUCCUUUGAUCCCAAUCAAUUCCAGAAUCAACAAUUACAACAAAGAAUGCAAAAUGGUGGAAUGCGCAAUGGGUCGCCAGCCUUCAAUAACCCGCAAGCUUCUGGCAUGCUACCUGGAUCUCGCUCACAAACUCCACAACAAGCUGCCUAUCCCAAUUUUUCACCUAAUAAUGUCCCCCCACAACAUGCGCCUCAACAGACACCAUAUUCGCAUUUACAGAAUGGAUCGAGUAAUGCUAGUCCGUCUCCAAUCAUGGCUAAUCAGCUACGUCCUGGCGGUGUACCACAACGAGUUUCUACAGCUUCUCCUCAUCCAUUCUCGCCUUCACAAUCUGAUCAUGGAAGCCGAGUCGAGACACCACAAAGUAGUACAUUUGCCCAGAACACUCCCUAUGCACCUGCCUAUGGUCAAAAUUUUACUCCCCCACCAGGACGAACUUCGGCACCACCGCAAAGUGCAAUGUCGACGCCACAAAUGCCACCUACGAUGUCACAACCUCAAAUGUACAAUCAACAGGCCCAGCCACCGAAUCACCAACCGCAACAAAAGAACACUUCUUUGGACCAAACCAGGCAAAUGUAUCAGAUGCGACUGCAACAAUCACUUCAGCAGCAGCAGCAGCAGCAGCAACAACAACAACAGCAACAGCAUCAACAACAGAGCAAUCUACAUGCUGCGCAACGACAGAACAUGUCGCCCGGUGUAAAUCCAUUGUCUCAAGGGCAGAUGAUGCAAGCACCAAACGGCCAAUUUGCUGGCAUGCGACCUCAGCAAGCUUCAUUGGCCCAAAACCAAAAUCCGAACAAUUUUCUCAAAAGCUUGGCUGCUUUUAUGCAGUCAAAGGGUCUGCCUUUAGAGACGAAUCCAUUUGUAGGUGAUAGACAUAUCAAUAUUUACGUUUUGUAUGUGGCAGUUACCAAAUAUGGAGGAUACAGAAAUGUGACGGCUCAAAAUGCAUGGGGACAAAUUGCGCAAGCCAUUCAAAUACAUCCUUUGAGAUACCAAAAUGUGCCUCCGCAACUCAAGGCUCUAUAUGAGAGAAAUCUUCUUGCGUUCGAGGAGGCUUUUCAAUCCAAUAUGCAAAGGCAGAGAGCAGCCGCAAUGAAGCAGGGUGGUGCUAUCGGUGUACCCCAAAUGUCGCCCACUAAACAAAUGCCUCCAUCAAACUCUAUGCAAGCAUCGCAUUACAUGCAACAGCAGAUCGCCCAACAGCAGCAUCUCCAACAGCAACAAACUACCCCCAUGAAGCAAAUGACACCUCUACAUCAUCCUCAACAACCUGCCAUGAAUGGUUUCUCAACUCCACAAGCCCCGCCAGUACAUCCUUUAGGAUCUCAAAGCCAUGCUCGGAACAGUCUCUCGAGGAGUGUCGAGGCCACCCCGCCGCAGAAUACCGGCAUUUAUCCUAUACCGUCUCCAGCUUCAAUACCCAAGUCUGGCAGUAUAUCAUUGGCAUCACCUCAUCCUAACAUGGUGCCGGCAUUAGAUGAGCAAAAUCAAGAUGAGGUAAUGAACGUAGUCCUUCCUGAGAAGUUGAAGGUCUUUUCGCGGAUUCCUGAUGAAAAUGGGGGCGCCCUCGAUUUGGAGGUUCUCCGUGGCGAGGGGACUUCCUUGUUGAAACUGAAGCCAGAUUUUCCACCAUUGACUGAAAUUGGUACCAUCGACGUCCAUGCCUUAACCAUGAGCCUUCAAUCCGGACUACAUGCCGAAGUACGUUUGGCUUUAGAUACUCUGGCCUUGGUGUCCUCGGAACAACGGCUACCAAUAGAGUUGAUGAAAUGUGAUGAUUUGGUUGAGACACUAGUUGAUUGCGCCGAGGAUCAGGUUGAAUUGUUAGCCGAAAACGCGGCAGAGGUAUCGGAUAUGAUGCUCAUAAAUUCAUACGAGGAUGUCGUCCGCGCCUGCCAGGCUGAGAAGCAUACCGUACAAGAUAUUCCACCUUUUGGAUCGGAGGAAUAUCAGGUCGAUCGAGCAGUCGAGAAGCUGAUUUGCAUAACCAGUAUUCUGCGCAACCUUUCAUUUCACGAACCAAAUCUUUUGUUCCUUGCAGAAGAGUUUGUUAUCAAAUUCUUCUGCGUGGUAAUACGGUAUCUUGGAACUCGAAAUAUGCUACUUAGGACCAACCAGAACACGCUGGAGUUCAUGAAAGACGGUGUUAUUUUACUAUCAAAUAUGGCACAUGAGAUCAAGUUACCUGGUCGCGAACAAGCGUUAUGUUUAUUGCAUUUCCUAUUAGCAUUUGCGCCCUGCCCUCCCCCAAAUGUAAUGGGAUCCGAUAAAAUCACAUUUUCGCAGUACGACCCAACUAUUCAUUAUUAUAUCUAUCCUGCUGUUGAUAGUCUUGCCAAGCUUCUUGCGCGGGAUGAACCAAACCGAACCCAUUACAAAACGAUCUUUGCCUCUGACGUGUCUUCGUCUCCACCUUUUGACCUUCUGACAAGAACAUUCGCUCUGUCUAUCUCGGUGAUACCUGAUCAGCAAAAAGACCCUAAACGGGGAACCUUCCUACCUCUGGUUGAAGCACGAAAGCCAAUGCUGAUGCAAGGCAUGCUUGCUGCGGAACUUCUGGCAAACCUUGCACCAGGAUACGACAGUGGCAUUGCAAAAGCUUGGUUAACUUCAGAGGAUGGGUUUGCAAAGAACCUUUCACACCUUGUAUUAACAUUAUGUCACGAAGCCCCACAAGGUCCAUCGCAUGGCAGAGUUUCUGCCGUACCUAAAACGGCAGAGGAAGAGGCAAUGUUACAAAUAGUUCUUGGUGGAAUUGGAAUAUUACGCCGACUGGCUGAAAAGUCACGAGACCCCGAAGACCCGACCUCUAUGAUACCCAUACCUGGAAUGCCAACGACGGAACGAAUAAUAAAACUACAUGAACGCAAACAGCCUAGGCUGAAAGAGGCAUUGCGACAAUUGUGCACUUUUACAAGUCUUGGCUAA